CUCAAGAUGAUAGAAACUCGCAAAAGUGUGCUGCUAAACAUCGAUAACGCGCCGCCACUGUCUUCUUCUGCGGUACCGAUCAACAUGAUCAUCGACUGGGCUGACGCCACCCGGUGCGAUAACAGCAAGCAGUUUAUUCAAGAGGAAUGGCGGUCAAAGUGCGAUAUCUUAAUUUGGGCGGAAGAAAACAACUCGUCCAACAUUCUCGUCAUGGAGCACACAGGAGGGCAAGCAUUCAAACUGAGGCGAAGGUACAACUGUGCACUUGAAUUCGAGCAGCGAUACAGAGGAACUGUAUGGACGCCGCAGACAAAGACCCAGGUUGCACUACGAGAAGUAAUUGCGGCUGAGCUGAAAAGGAACAAGGUGUCCCGUGCGAAGCAAGGAUGGGUAGCUGCUUUUGGUGUUUUCGAAAAUGCGAUCCACAGACGAUCUUACGCGAAUAAGAAAAUGUGGGCAGCAGCAUGUCGAGGAAAACUGAUGCUGAUUAAUGCACCGAAACCGCCUAUUCCGCAGCUGAAGGAAGCACUAAAAGCGAAG